AUGGCAACCUGUCGAACUGCCUUUCGCUCCCUCUCGAGGGCUUCGCAGUUCAUCACUGCGAGGCGACCCUGGACCUGCUCAGCAUGCAGGAAUGGUGUUCCUCGGCGCUUCCAGCGCGGAGUUGCGACAACUCCGGAGGUUCCCAAGAAGCCCUACUAUGUGACGACGCCGAUUUUCUACGUCAAUGCCGCCCCCCAUGUCGGCCAUUUCUACACCAUGAUCAUUGCCGAUAUCCUCAAACGAUGGCAGGUUCUACUCGGCAACGAUGCUCGAUUGUUGACCGGCACCGACGAGCACGGGAUGAAGAUUCAGCAGGCUUCUGUGGCAGCCGGGAUGGAUACACAAGCCUUCUGCGACAUGAACUGUAGGACAUUUGAGUCGCUAGCCAAGGCUGCGAACCUCAGUAACGAUCACUUCAUUCGUACCACCGAUUCCGCCCACCGCGACGCCGUUCAAUACUUCUGGGAAAUGUUGAAUCACCGUGGUCACAUCUACACCUCCAAGCACGAGGGAUGGUAUUCUGUCAGUGACGAGACAUUCUAUCCGCAAACACAAGUACAAAACUCUUUGGAUCCAACAACGGGCAGGAAGCGCAUGGUCUCGAUUGAAACAGGAAAAGAGGUCGAAUGGUCAUCAGAAAUCAACUACCACUUCCGUCUUUCUGCUUUCCAAGAUCGACUGCUGGAGUUGUAUAACCGACCGGAUUCGUUUAUCACACCAUCCAAAUAUGCAACCGCCGUCAUCCAGUCGGUUUCUUCCGGGUUGACAGACCUGUCGAUUUCGCGACCAGCUGAGCGACUGACAUGGGGUAUUCCGGUUCCCGGCGACGACACACAAACCAUCUAUGUUUGGCUGGAUGCACUCGUCAAUUACCUGACAUAUGCAGGAUACCCUUUCCCUCCUGGGCAGGAAAAAUCAUCUAUCUGGCCUGCCAACGUUCACGUUGUCGGGAAGGACAUCGUUCGCUUCCAUUGCAUCUAUUGGCCAGCCUUCCUCAUGGCUCUAGACCUUCCUCUCCCUCGGAACGUUUUGGUGCAUGGGCAUUGGACAAUGAAUCGUGAGAAGAUGUCCAAGUCUACCGGCAAUGUGGUCAACCCAUUUUUCGCCAUCGAUCGAUUUGGCGUGGAUGGAAUGCGAUUCUUCCUCGCUUAUCAAGGAGGUCUGUCUGAUGACGCCGACUAUGACAAUUCCUUCAUAAUCCGGGAUUAUAAGAAAUGGCUUCAGGGCGGUAUUGGCAACCUUGCCUAUCGCACCAUUGGGUGUGCAAAGGGAAAGUUGCGCUCGUAUAUCCAGGAUGCCACGUCUGAUAAGCUCCCGGCGGCCUCCAUUGCCGAUGAGGAACACCAGGCCAUGCUGAUUGCUACACCGCUGAAAGUUGCCGAGCAUAUGACCGGACUCAAUCCGCGUGCCGCGCUGCAGGAAAUUAUGAGCAUAAUCGAGAAGUCUAACAAAUACUUCCAUGCGGCGGAGCCGUGGAAAAGCGCCAACCCCCAAUGGGUCCUUUACAACGUGGCUGAAUCGCUUCGCAUCUCUGCCAUUCUGCUUCAGCCGUUCAUGCCCGACAAGUCACAAGAGCUUCUCGACCUUCUGCGCGUAGAUCCAUCCAAACGGGCAUUUUCGGCCACCGUCUAUGGUUCAGACCCGGAUUACGGUGAAGGCAUCAAGAAAGGCAUGCUUUUCCCUCCUUUGCUCACUGAGGAGUAA